AUGGAGUCAUUCCUUCACGUUCUUCAUCCAGAAUUCUUCUUUCCCACUCCAUCUGGUCGAAUCACCGGCGUUUGUGCGUUCAUUGGGGCUCAAAUUGCUUUAUGUAUUGGUGCCUGUUUGGUGGCCACGAUGAUCAUCUCCACAUUCCAAUGUUUUUUCUAUCGUUAUCAACUGCUUUUACCUAAUGGGAGCCCACUAAGCAAGGACCAAGUCGAGGUUGAGUCCCAAGAAAAACGUUGCCAAUAUCAUAAACAGAAAGUAGCUGAUGUAUUCACCGACAAU